AUGCUGGGAGGAAUAGCGGCGGAGCUGGAGCACUUCUUCGUUCUCGGAGUCGUCCGACUCGAGCGUUGCUUGAGUGCAAUGGACCGCCCGCACACGGCGGUCUUGGUGCGCCGUCUCAUGUGGGCACCAUCCCUGGAGACAGAAGCGACAUUCCCUGAGGCGGGAGGAGCUUCCUUGGAGGAAGGGCAGAGGGCGCAGGCCCUGGAGGGUGCCCAAGAUGCCCUCUCCUGCGUUAUCCAAGCGAAAGAUCCUCCGAAUGCCGUUCCCUUUACCCAUACCCUGCCUUCCAUCCUGUGCGUUGCCAGGCUACUCCAUUCCAGUGUGCAAUCUCUGCCUGGCGAGAUCUCUGACGAGGGGAUCUGCUUUUUCUUCCAGUGCCCCUUUUCCUAUGAGGAGGUGUCCAUCUAUUUCACUGAGGCGGAGCACAUUCUGAAAUCUCAGCACAUCCAUUUCCAGUUGGAGCAGCGAGUCCAAGACAGUCACCUGCUUCAGAGUUGCAGUCUAAAACAACAUCGAAGAACCCACACAGGGGAGAAACCUUUUGAAUGCUCAGAAUGUGGAAAGAGGUUCCGACACAGGGGCAAUCUUGAAGACCAUCAAAGAACCCACACAGGGGAGAAACCUUUUGAAUGCUCAGAGUGUGGAAAGAAAUACAGUUGGAGGUUCAAUCUUGAAGAGCAUCAAAGGACCCACACAGGGGAGAAACCUUUUGAAUGCUCAGAAUGUGGAAAGAGGUUCAUACAGAGUGGCACUCUUCAGCUGCACCAAAGAAUCCACACAGGGGAAAAACCUUUUGCAUGCUCAGAGUGUGGAAAGAGGUUCAGGAGCAGUGGUAACUUUCAUCAGCAUCAGACAACUCACACAGGGGAGAAACCUUUUGAAUGCUCAGAGUGUGGAAAGAGAUUCAGUAGGAGUGGCGAUCUUCAACUGCAUCAAAGAACCCACACAGGGGAGAAACCUUUUGAAUGUUCAGAGUGUGGAAAGAGAUUCAGUAGGAGAGGCCAUCUUGAACAGCAUCAAAGAACCCACACAGGGGAGAAACCUUUUGAAUGUUCAGAGUGUGGAAAAAGAUUCAGUAGGAGAGGCCAUCUUGAAGUGCAUCAAAGAACCCACACAGGGGAGAAAUCUUUUGAAUGCUCAGAGUGUGGUAAGAGGUUCAUGAGCAGUGGUAACUUUCAGCAGCAUCAGACAACUCACACAGGGGAGAAACCUUUUGAAUGCUCAGAUUGUGGAAAGAGGUUCAUGAGCAGUUCUCACCGUCUGGUGCACCAAAGAACCCACACAGGGGAGAAACCUUUUGAAUGCUCAGAGUGCGGAAGUAGGUUCAGUCAGAGUAGCACUCUUCAGGUGCAUCAAAGAACCCACACAGGUGAGAAACCUUUUGAAUGCUUAGAGUGUGGAAAGAGAUUCAGUAGGAGUGGCAGUCUUCAAGAGCAUCAAAGAACACACACAGGGGAAAAACCCUUUGAAUGCUCAGAGUGUGGAAAGAGAUUCAAUCACAGAGGCAAUCUUGAAGACCAUAAAAGAACCCACACAGGGGAGAAACCUUUUGAAUGCUCAGAAUGUGGAAAGAGGUUCAGACAGAGUGGCGGUCUUCGGCUGCACCGAAGAACCCACACAGGGGAGAAACCUUUUGAAUGCUCAGAGUGUGGACGGAGGUUCACAAGCAGUCGUAACCUUCAUCAGCAUCAGACAACUCACACAGGGGAGAAACCUUUUGAAUGCUCAGAGUGUGGAAAGAAAUACAGUCAGAGGGGCGAUCUUGAAGAGCAUCAAAGAACCCACACUGGGGAGAAACCUUUUGAAUGCUCGCAUUGUGGAAAGAGGUUCAUGAACAGUUCUAACCAUCUGCUGCACCAAAGAACCCACACAGGGGAGAAACCUUUUGAAUGCUCAGAGUGUGGAAAGAAAUACAGUCAGAGGGGCGAUCUUGAAGAGCAUCAAAGAACCCACACUGGGGAGAAACCUUUUGAAUGCUCGCAUUGUGGAAAGAGGUUCAUGAACAGUUCUAACCAUCUGCUGCACCAAAGAACCCACACAGGGGAGAAACCUUUUGAAUGCUCAGGGUGUGGAAAGAAGUUCAUUAGCAGUGGUAACCUUCAGCGGCAUCAGAUAACUCACACACUGGAGAAACCUUUUGAAUGCUCAGAGUGUGGAAAGAAAUUCAGUCGGAGUGACAAUCUUCAACAGCAUCAAAGAACCCACACAGGGGAGAAACUAAGUAGAUCACAGCUCUUUGUGGACCAAAGAAUACACAGAGGUGAGAAACCUUUUGAAUGUUCAGACUGUGGAAAGCAAUUCUGUCAGAGUGGCAGUCUAAAACGACAUCAAAGAACCCACACAGGGGAGAAAUCUUUUGAAUGCCCAGAGUGUGGGAAGAGAUUCAGUGAUAGUGGCAGUCUAAAACGGCAUAAAAAAACCCAUACAGGAGAGAAACCUUUUGAAUGCUCAGAGUGUGGAAAGAGGUUCAUAAGCAGUGGUAACCUUCAGUGGCAUCAGACAACUCAUACAGGGGAGAAACCUUUUGAAUGCUCAGAGUGUGGAAAGAGGUUCAUGAGCAGUGGUAACCUUCAGCGGCAUCAGACAACUCACACAGGGGAGAAACCUUUUGAAUGCUCAGAGUGUGGAAAGAAAUUCAAUCAGAGGGGCAAUCUUCAACUGCACCAAAGAACCCACACAGCGGAGAAACCUUUUGAAUGCUCAGAGUGUGGAAAGAGAUUCAGACACAGUAUCAGCCUUCAACGGCACCAAAGAACCCACACAGGGGAGAAACCUUUUGAAUGCUCAGAGUGUGGAAAGAGGUUCAUGAGGCGUGGUAACCUUCAGCGGCAUCAGACAACUCACACAGGGGAGAAACCUUUUGAAUGCACAGAGUGUGGAAAGAAAUUCAAUCAGAGGGGCAAUCUUCAACUGCACCAAAGAACCCACACAGGGGAGAAACCUUUUGAAUGCUCAGAGUGUGGAAAGAAGUUCAGUCGGAGUGGCAGUCUUCAACUGCACCAAAGAACCCACACAGGGGAGAAACCUUUUGAAUGCUCAGACUGUGGAAAGAGAUUCAGAUUCAGUGACCAUCUUCAACAGCAUCGAAGAAACCACACGGGGGAGAAACCUUUUGAAUGCUCAGAGUGUGGAAAGAAAUUCAGUAGGAGUGCCAAUCUUGAAGUGCACCAGAGAACUCACACAGGGGAGAAGCCUUUUGAAUGCUCA